GUACAAAUAAAUGUUGGAUUAAGCUACUGUUUACUUGAUAACAAUGAUGAUUUUUUCAAUUACAUAGUUAACCGAAUCCUUGCGUAAUUUAGACGAUUAGUACCUAUAGAAUCUAUUGAAAUCUUGCAACUAUUGUCGAUAGAACCGCAAAUGCCACACGUUUUCAGCAUAUACCAUUGUGUUUCAAGUGGGUCAGAUGAGUAUAUAAAUCGAAAACAGCCACUUGUAAGAAAGUAGGUGAAUAUGAAGGGUGUGGAAGUGUUGUUCGUGGCGUUACUGUGCCUGCUUUAUGGCGCAAAAGCAACUAGAGAGGUAAGCUACACCAAGACGUGGAAAACAGCACAAACCAACAGCAAAUUGGGCCUUACGAGUGAUGACUGGUGGACGCAGGGCGUGUUUUACCAAAUUUAUCCCCGAAGUUUCAAAGAUAGCGACAACGAUGGCAAUGGAGAUCUGCAAGGAAUAAUCGAAAAGCUCGAUUAUCUAAGGGAGAGUGGCAUCGAUGCCAUUUGGUUAUCCCCAAUUUUCAAAUCGCCUCAAGUGGACAAUGGCUACGACAUUUCCGACUAUCGGGAAGUGG